AUGAUGCUGACCAUGGCCCUGGCCGCCCUUGGAUUUGCCCAUGUCCAGGCGGGCAAGUUGGCAGUUGUCCGCGUAUUUUCUACAGAUGAGGAGGUGAUGCUCUUGAAUGCUAGCAGCACGCUGUGGUCGACGGUCGGACCGUGCACUAGCAAACCAUCAAGCAUGAUUGACCUCAUCCUGGUUUACAGCAAGGACCUGUCGUCAAACUCGAUGGCAAGCGAGGUCGUGAUGGAUCUCGAAACAACCUUCAGCAACAAUGCGUCCAGCUGGGUGAAUUGUUUUGCGGAGAUCAAGAACAUGUCCGCCAUGCUGAACCCGGAGCAAGAUGUGUACGACAGCAACGGCUACACCACGAACAAGCAUUGGGUGUCCGGUCCAAACAGUGUCUUCAAGAGCAUCGUGGAUGCCAUGUACACGGGCCCCUUCAAGGGCAUGUACGACUCCUUCUUCCUCAUGGAGAUGGAUGCCGUGCCCAUUAAGGCUGGCUGGCUCGACCAGUUUGAAACGGAGGCAUUGGAGAUGCCAUCCCAGAACAUGGCAGUGCGAGGAAGCCAAUACCUAGGCGACAAGUGGGACUUGUUUAAACACAUGAUGCCGGAGUACCUGGUGGAGCACAUCAACGGCAAUGCCAUCUACAACCUCCAGCACAACUGGACUCAGUAUUUGCACAACACCUUCACGGCGAGUGGCAGCAACAACAUGAUGGAAGAAAUGGCCUUUGACGUGGCUUACGCCAUGAUCACAAUGGGAGCCAUGAGCGGCGAAGCGCCGUUUGCUGCUGCCUGGACGGAAGCCGGCGGUACCAACACCACCUACAACCCUAUGUCCAUGCUGGUGGGCAAUUAUGCCAACACCCUUCUGAACACUAGCUACGAGUUCCCCAGCUUCAUCCGGCACGGCUCCAGCAAGAACCUCUUUGAGAACCUGCCGGAUGCCGAUGUGACGCUGGUGGUGGCGUAUUUCGACAUGCAGGGCCACUUGAGGGAGACGAUUCCGACGAAUCACCCCUUCAAGAAGAUUGUCGGUCUCACAUACUUCUCCCAGACAUCGACGACGGAGGAGAUCCCGGCACCUGGAGGCAACGUCACCCUGAAGAUGGAGCAGGCUACCAAAGAGCCCUACUACCACCUUUGCGAGGCAGCCUCAAAAGUGGACACCAAGUGGUUCGCUCUCACCGACAACUAUCACAUCGUCAAGGCCCCUGUCAGCAUUCUUAUGGAGACGAUGGACAAGCCUGUCUUGCCCUACGUGCUGAAGGGCUCCAGGUACUGUGGUGAGCGCCCGAACUGCAAGGCCUCCAUGGAGCAGGCAGAAGAUCUCUUCAGCAUUGACUUGAUGUAUCACCACGACAAGUAUGAGGUGCUGUACAAGACCGCAGAUGCAAUUCAGUUCUGCGCGGCCUGGGAUGUGGCCACCCAGGGCAAGGGCUGGAGCAACUGCAGUCUUUCCUUCGGCCCCACUGCAGAUGACUACAUCGCCUGGAAGAUCAGUUCUCCGUCUUUCAACGUCAGCAAUGAGUUCACACCAAAGGACAAGACACGCUACGGCUGGAGAGCUUGGACGAGCUUGUGGAACCCAGCUCCGGUUGACGACCGCCAGUGCAGCACCACGCUGUAUGGCAUCAAGGAGUACCUUGAGACGCUGGGCAACAUCUCCAAGUGUGCCGUCGACUACGUUGAGAACUCCUCGGGCUGCAUCGGCGACACCACUUGCAUGUGGAGGCCCAUGUUCGAGUCCGGCGUCUGCAUGCUCAAUCCGAAGAGCACG